AUGCAGUACUGCUCUCUGAACAUCAGGAACAUCUCAACAGAAGAUUAUGGAUCUUACACCUGCCAACAAUGGACUGGUGUGAGUGGACCACGACUAAGAAAUGACACAAGUGUUUAUCUGCAUGUUCUUCAUGUCUCAUCCUCACAGACUCAGAUCAGUUCAGAUCUCUCUGUGUCUCUCUCCUGUCGGCUGUAUUCAUAUCUUCGAGUCUCUUGUGAUGAAUGGAUCAGUUCUGAGGGAAUUCAUCUGUUCUGGGUGAAUCAGGCUGGUGUUAAACCGGUGAGAUCAUCCUCAUCAGAUCACUGUAUCAUCACCCUGACUACAACACUCCUGAAUGAAGAUCACAACAGAGAGUGGAGAUGUGAAGUUACUCACAGAGAUCAAGUCAAGGCCUCAGUCACAAUCACUGUCAAGAGAUCAGAUCAAGCUCAAACGACGACACCAGUCCCAAACUCUCAGGAUCCCUCAACUACAAACACACCAGAAACUACACACACAGACAGUCAUACAGCAACACUGAGUUCCUGCAGAGUGAAACCGACCCAGAAAGAGGGCAGUCCUCCACCUUAUAUACCUCUGCUGCUUCCAAGGUUAUACAGUCUGAACUGUAUAAAGCUGUAA